CAAACUCAAACUGACAAAUGCCAAAUUCCAGUUUUGGCGCUUUUUUAAAACACUGGGAUUUUGAUAGAAAAUUUCAAAUUUUGGUUUAUAAAUUGGUAUUGAAAGUAAAAUAUAAUGGGUAUUCUAGGCUUAUCAAAGUUAAUUGCGGACAUUGCUCCCCAAGCAGUGAAAGAAAUGGAAAUUAAGAACUAUUUUGGUCGAAAAGUGGCUAUCGAUGCUUCUAUGAGCUUGUACCAGUUCUUAAUAGCUGUAAGGAGUGAAGGAGCUCAACUUACAUCAGUGGACGGAGAGACCACAUCACAUCUGAUGGGCACAUUCUACCGCACCAUACGACUGGUUGAGAAUGGUAUUAAGCCAGUGUAUGUGUUUGAUGGAAAACCACCAGAGAUGAAGUCCCAUCAGCUGAAUAAGCGGGCUGAGAGGAGGGAGGAGGCGGAGAAGGAACUGCAGAAGGCUACCGAGGCUGGUGACACAGCCUCUAUAGAGAAGUUCAAUCGACGGCUGGUGAAAGUGACCAAGCAGCAUGGUGAGGAAGCGAGACAGCUGCUCAAGCUGAUGGGUGUACCCGUUGUAGAAGCUCCCUGCGAAGCAGAGGCUCAGUGCGCUGCUUUAGUUAAAGCUGGCAAAGUGUUUGCAGUGGCCACCGAAGAUAUGGAUGCAUUAACCUUUGGAGCAAAUGUGUUGUUAAGGCAUCUCACAUUCUCGGAGGCCAGGAAGAUGCCUGUACAGGAGUUCCACUUGAACCAUGUAUUGUCUGGAUUGGAGCUUAACCAGAAAGAGUUUAUAGACCUUUGCAUACUCCUCGGCUGUGACUACUGCGGCUCCAUCCGAGGUAUCGGGCCAAAGAGAGCCAUUGAGCUCAUCAAACAACAUCGCUCCAUAGAACAGGUCUUACACAAUAUUGACACAAAGAAAUACCAGCCCCCGGAGAACUGGGACUUUGAGGAUGCUCGCAGACUGUUUGUAGAGCCCGAAGUUGCUGAAGCUAAGGAUAUCGACCUGAAAUGGUGUGACCCUGACGAGGAGGGCCUGGUGAAGUUCCUGUGCGGAGACAAGCAGUUCAAUGAGGACAGGGUUCGCAACGGAGCCAAGAAACUUAUAAAGGCUCGCACAGGAACCACUCAGGGAAGACUUGAUGGAUUCUUUAAGGUAUUAUCAACAACACCAAACCCGAAGCGGAAGGCCGAAGAAGAGAAAAAGAAUGCAAAUAAAAAAACAAAAACCGGAGGCGGCAGGGGGAGAAAACCUAAAUAACUAUGUUAGUAUAUAUAUUAAAUUAAGUUAAGUUUCCCUAUAAAAAUAUGAUUACAUUUAUAACACUUAUAUUAAAUCUAAUUAAUGACAUGUUAACGAAUAAAACCGUAAGUUUCUAUUUUUUGUGUCUGACAAACACGCUUGUGAAGACAAUAUGAAAAUCCCGUCAACUAACUUAAGUCUAUCGAAGUUUAGUUAAAAAAAAUAACAAAAAGUUUUAAAAAUGUCUUUGGGUAGUUCUAUUGUUUAAAGAGGCAGUUAUUUCUCAUUUCACUUACUUAAAUUUAUUUGUAAGACAAAGUUUCUUACAAAUAAAUUGAAGUAUAGAAUUCUAUUUUUCGCAGGAUCGAUGUUUCUAUAUGACGUAUUCUUAUAUAUUAUGUGAAUAAAUGACUUUGUUACUGAUAUAAUAUAAUAGUAUUUUUUAAU